CGAGCGCGUUACAUCGGGAGCGCUGCCGCCGAGUACAAAAGCUGAUGGAGGCAGACGACGGGACAAAGAGGAAGGAAACGCCAUAAUGAUAAAUCCAUUAUAUCUCAGCAUGCCCCAAAUUUCUCCAUGCACGAUGUAACCAUAUUGUCGCUGUAGUAAAUUGAAGGAAGGGGCUCCCGACUGUAUUUACUUUCACGUUGUGACGUCUUGAUAAUAAAACUAACGCAGCGCUUGAUGCUGGAUACUGGAAACUAUUUUGAUCAACACUGUCGUUACAGAAGCCACGGCACCUCAGGCUGGCCUGUCUGCUUGUGCGAUCGGAAGUUUCUUUGGUCGGGAAUUAUAAUCGGUUUGAGGAAGGCGCGGUGGCCCACUGGGUGACAUCGGUGGUAACGGACAGCUUGGCCUCGACUCCUCAGUCCCGGUGCCUCCGGUCAGGAUGCCGGUCCGACGUGGACACGUGGCUCCGCAGAACACUUUCCUGGACACAAUCAUCCGAAAAUUCGAGGGCCAGAAUCGCAAGUUCAUCAUCGCCAAUGCCCGUGUGGAGAACUGCGCCAUCAUCUUCUGCAACGACGGCUUCUGCGUGAUGUGCGGCUACACGCGUGCCGAGGUCAUGCAGAAACCUUGCACCUGCAACUUCUUGUAUGGACCACACACCAAGAAGCUCGCCGCAGUCCAGAUGGCCCAGGCGCUGCUGGGUUCGGUGGAGCGGAAGGUGGAGAUCGCCCUCUACAGGAAAGAUGGCGUGUGCUUCCCAUGCCUGGUGGAUGUGGUCCCGGUGAAGAAUGAGGACGGUACGGUUAUCAUGUUCAUCCUGAACUUCGAGGUAGCCUCUGAGGGGAAGUGCCUGAACUCACCUGGGCGAUUACUGAACCACAAGCUGCCCAUCCCUUGGUUCUCAUCAGUUCGCCGGCGGCGAUUCAGGCUGCAUCUGCCCCUACUCCACUCCCAAAGCUCCAGCAAGCAGUCUCUGCAGAAGGACCCGGAAGCGGGGCGCAGUCGCGACGUCUCCUCCCAGCUGGUACACGAGUCUCUGGCUCUGGGGGAGCUCCUGUCCUUACCAGAGACCAGUUGUCAAGGGGGCCAGCCCCCCCCAACCCCACCCUCGGACAGACGCGACCUGCUGGACAGCGAGUCGCCCCUGCCCCCGUCCCUGCCCCCGCCCGCCACUGCGUCUCUCCGCCCGCCCCGCUCCUCCAGCCGCUUGCAGUGUCGCCACGUCGACGCGUCCCUGUCCAGCUGCAGCCUGGCGCGCUCGCGGGACAGUCUGUACAGCCUGCGCCGGGCUUCCUCUGUGGACGACAUCGAGAGCAUGCGUGCCGACUGGGACCGCAAGCUGCGCAGCCGGACUGGGAGUACAGGUGUGAUAAACCACAAGACCAACCUGCUGAACUCUACCUCCGACUCAGACCUCACUCGGUGCCGGGCCAUCAGCAGUAUCCCGCAGAUCACCCUGAACUUUGUGGAUUUGAUGCCGGACCCCUUUGUCACCCUGCCGGCCGGAGACAAGGACAUCAUUGCCCCCUGCAAGCUGAUUGAUCGCACGCAUAACGUCACGGAGAAGGUCACCCAGGUGCUGUCUCUAGGCGCCGAUGUCCUUCCAGAGUAUAAGCUCCAAGCUCCUCGCAUCCAUAAAUGGACCAUCUUGCACUACAGUCCUUUCAAGGCCGUGUGGGACUGGGUCAUCCUGCUGCUGGUCAUUUAUACAGCGAUCUUCACACCCUACUCUGCUGCAUUCCUCCUCAAUGACCAAGAGGAGGCUGCUCUGCCGAACUGUGUCUACUCCUGCAGCACACUCAGUGUGGUGGACCUCAUCGUGGACAUAAUGUUCAUCAUCGACAUCGUCAUCAACUUCCGCACCACCUACGUCAAUAGCAACGACGAGGUGGUGAGCCAGCCGGGCCGCAUCGCGGUGCACUACUUCAAGGGCUGGUUCCUCAUCGACAUGGUGGCCGCCAUCCCCUUUGACCUGCUCAUCUACCGGUCCGGAGAGGAGACGACCACUCUGAUUGGCCUGCUGAAGACGGCCCGGCUCCUACGAUUGGUGCGCGUGGCACGGAAGCUGGACCGCUACUCGGAGUACGGUGCCGCUGUCCUCUUCCUGCUCAUGUGCACGUUUGCGCUCAUCGCUCACUGGCUGGCCUGCAUCUGGUACGCCAUCGGUAACGUGGAGCGCAAUGGCUCCACGCGGAUCGGCUGGCUGGACUCGCUGGGCGAGCAGCUCGGCAAGCCGUACAACAACACAGUGAGAGACUCGGGGCCCUCGAUCAAGGACAAGUACGUGACGGCGCUCUACUUCACCUUCAGCAGCCUGACCAGCGUAGGCUUCGGCAACGUGUCGCCGAACACCAACUCGGAGAAGAUCUUCUCCAUCUGCGUCAUGCUCAUUGGCUCCCUGAUGUACGCCAGCAUCUUCGGCAACGUGUCGGCCAUCAUCCAGCGGCUGUACUCGGGCACGGCGCGCUACCACACGCAGAUGCUGCGGGUUCGGGAGUUCAUCCGCUUCCACCAGAUCCCCAACCCCCUUCGCCAGCGCCUGGAGGAGUACUUCCAGCACGCCUGGUCCUACACCAACGGGAUCGACAUGAACGCGGUGCUGAAGGGCUUCCCCGAGUGCCUGCAGGCUGACAUCUGCCUGCACCUAAACCGCACACUGCUGCAGAACUGCAAGGCCUUCAGGGGCUCUACUAAAGGCUGCCUACGUGCCCUGGCCGUGAAGUUCAAGACCACGCACGCUCCGCCCGGCGACACCCUGGUGCACGCCGGCGAUGUCAUCACUGCCCUGUACUUCAUCUCCCGCGGCUCCAUCGAGAUCCUGCGUGAGGAUGUAGUGGUGGCCAUCCUGGGGAAGAACGAUAUAUUUGGUGAGCCCAUUAAUCUGUACGCACGCCCAGGGAAGUCCAACGCAGACGUGAGAGCGCUAACCUACUGUGACCUGCACAAGAUCCACCGAGAGGAUGUUCUGGAGGUCCUGGACAUGUACCCUGAAUUCUCUGACCACUUCUGGAGCAACCUGGAGAUCACAUUCAACCUACGCGACACAAAUAUGAUUCCUGGAUCCACUAGCAGUGACGACUCGGAUGGAGGCAGCUUUAACCGCCAACGCCGCCGCAAGCUGUCGUUCCGCCGCAGGACUGACCGAGAUGCUGCGGAAACAGGGAGGGACAAGCCAUCGCAGCAGCUCGUCCGCCAGGCUAGGCGGCGCCCAACCAGCAGUCGGCUGGAGGGCCACAGCAUGGAGUGGAAGGGGCCCCCGAAUUUGGUCUCCUCCCCCUCUCACUCCAGUGGAGAUGAGGGGGACGACUCUAUCAUCUCUGUCCCCACUGCUCCCCUGCCCUUGUUGGAGCUCCCGCAGGGUCAGUCCAUGCACCCUACCCUCAACGAUACCCUGGAGGGGGAUGGGGAUCCCCGCGGUGGCAACAGCUGUAACGCACUCUCAGGUGCUCUCUCUGGAGUCACCAGCAUCUUCAGCUUCUGGGGCGAAAGCCGUACGCGGCAAUAUCAGGAGCUCCCCCACCGCAGCGCGGCCCCCCCCGCCUUCGCUAACAUCCCGAUGCGCAGCAUCAGUCGGCAGCAACGCAGCGAGCUGGAGAACCGGCUGGACCUGCUUCAGCAACAGCUCCACAGGUUGGAGACACGGAUGUCGGUUGACAUUGGCACCAUCAUGCAGCUGCUGCAGAAGCAGAUGGUCUUGGUGCCCCCAGCCUACAGCACAGUAUCCUCACCCCCCCAGUCUUCUCCUUGCCCCAGGCCUGGGGAGAGGCUCAUGCAGCCUGUUUCUCCGUUGGAGCCUGAUACCUUGACUUCACUUCCACUGAUCUUGGAUCCCCAGUCGUUUGACAUCACACCCGAGACUCAGGAGUCUUUCACAGAUUCCCCAGGAGUCAGCCCCGUAUGGUACCUGCCCACCCCCGCAGAUCCCCCGGGGAUUGGGAUGACGGUGGUGUCCAUGGACCACGAGUACCAACGUAGGCUAUCGCUGCCCGAGCAACCUGCAGCCCUGGACUCACGGACUCCGCAGAGACAUGGCUCAGACCCAGGGAGCUAAGGGUGCGAUGCCUGACCUACCCCCUAGGAAAGGCCAUUGGGGAACGUGGGGAGGAACACACUCUUACCUGCUGGGAUGUGCUUCGCACUGCUGAGAGGAGACGUGCCUCUCGUGACUGACACGCUGGGGCUUCCCUCGUACCAGCUUCAGUUACCAUGCAAAGAAGCAGCACCAGAUUGCAAGCGUUAAGCUUGCAACAUAUUUAGAUGAUUCUGAAUACUGGUCAGUCCUUUCACUGGUGCCGUCCUUAACCAGUGAGGUGGCCUACAGUAUAGAAUUUCCCUUUACUGCUGUGUUCAGCGUUGGAGUACGUAAAAGAAAUAUAUAUAAUAGUAGCCAUUACGUCUUGCACUGAAAAUUUCUAACACUAUAUCUUUGUGUCCAUGGCGCUUCCGAACCCUGUGUUGGGUGUUAGCUGGCCUAACACUGGGUGGCGUUGAGUCGGCCUGCGAGGCCGCUUGCUAUGGCCUAUGCGCAAUGUAAUGUGUGCAGUAAGGGGUGGUCAGGCUCUGUCUUGAUCCGAUCCCCAUUCAUAGCAUGCUUCUUCUCUGCCCGAUGGACAGAAGGCAUGAAUCCUAGUGAACAUAUCAAGUUCCUUGUGUAAAUCUUGUGUAAAACCUUAGAGACCUGAUUCUUCCUGCACUAUGCUGAACCAGAGAACAAUAGCAAGGUGUUUUCACAUGUUGGUCAGUCCAAAAGGAUUGGCUUGUUUGGCCUAUAUCUCUGGGUUAUAGAGGCCCUAUUAUGUUUUUCUCUUUCAUUUAGUGUGUUAUGUAGUUUUAUGUGCAUGUAAACAGCCUGCAAAGUCUUAAGGCCCAAAGGACAUGCCAAAGGGAGUAACUCUCACUACAAAAUCCACUUCUGUCUAAUCUGCCUGAAACACCGUAUUGGAAUUAAAGCCCUUUACUUCCGUAACAUGGCGAGGUCACCUCAUAACGCAAUCCUUAUUGGCCACCUACCUGCAAGGUCCUGUUUGCAGACUGCAAGAUGGGCGGAACGUGUGGGCCAAGCUGACCAAUCAGCCCAUUGGGCUCCUUGGGCAUGGGGCUUAAAGACACAGUUACAGAGAGAGUGAAUAGAGGUGUACAGUAUGAGAAAAAUAAUGUGUUUUUGGAACAACGGAGCAUGUAAAUCUAUUCUAGGAGACUCUGAAAUAAUAUUAUGAAUAUGAGCAUAAUAGGAGCCUUUAAGUAUGUCAUUCGUUGCUCAUGCAGUCAAAGCAAAGAAUAAUCUUCUUUCAGCAGACACAGCCCUGGACAGCAGCGUCUGGCUGCCCUGUUCUGGGGAGCAGUGUAUGUACUAAUAUGUGUAGUCAUGUAAACAUAGUGGCCUAGUCAGUGUGAACCCACAGUGAGAGUCUGCUGGUGCCACAAAAUCUUUAAAAAACCUUUAAGGGCACAAAUAAUGUAGGUAGUCCUUAAGCUACAUGUAUCUCUGGUUCUGCUUCAUCAGCAAAAACCGAAAGCCUGAACACUGUCAUGAAGAAACACCGUCCUCAAGCUUCUGGCCGGUUCUUGUGGCUUUUGCUUUUUGCUUUGGCCUUUCGAGGAAACGUAUAGCCACUGACUUCUUAUCGACUGGUCAAAAAGACACACAGCAGGAAAAGUUAGAGCAACCAUCUGGUAAUGACUUUCAUGCAGACGAGUUAGUACCUAAAAUAUUAUCAUCGACGGGUAGGUAGAUUGAGUUACUGUAAGUGUUUAUUGGCAUUUAUUAGAUUGUUUUUUUUUAUGGCUUUAUUUCAACAAAUCAUGGAAAUGUGGCAGAUAUUCUGGAAAUGAAAAAAAAGUCAAGAAUGGGAGAAAAGAAAGUAGCAGACCUGAAAUACGAGCUGCCAAUGUCACAAUUUAUCUCAUUCCCUUUCUGCUAAAGAGAAGCUUGCUUGAAGGAAAACACAGGUAGGUGGCAAAUAAACUCAGGAUUAGUCAAUAUAAAAUAUUUGUCACUAUUAUGAAAAAAAAUGUGGUUAAUACAAAAACCUUACUACAACUAUUAUUAUUAUUUUAAGAUUUACUCAUUAAUUUGCAAUCUGUGUUUGAACUAUUGCUGAAAAAAAUGGAUUCAAGUGGUAUUUUGUGUCCACCUGCAAUAUUUUCUGAAGUAUAUUCUUCCACAUAAUUCAAUCCCUAUGAACUACAAAAAAAAGAUUAAUUAAAAAAGAACUUCAUGAUAUAGGAUAGUGACGGCUAGUGAUGGCCAAAUAAAGCUUGGAGCAUA